AUGGAUUAUUGUAUGAGAAAGACGGAGAUGACAGAUAACAAAGAAGAUGAUGUUACAUUUGCUAGUUAUGAAUGGGAAAAUAUAAAGGCGACAACUGCAUCAUAAUUGCCAACUUGUAGGAAUUGUCAUACGGCGACUACGUUUAAACAUUAUAUGAUCAUCUUUGGAGGCAAGGAAGGAGAAGGAAGGAAGAAGUUCUGCAAUGAUAUACAUAUUUUGGAUUUAAAAAGAUUAAAGUAAUGCAAUAAUAGUAUGAUUAGUUGGACAUCCUAAAUCAAGGUGAGUGGAUAGAUACCAGAUGUAAGAAUGGGUCACAGUGCUUAGAAUUAUUAUGAUAAGAUUGUCUAUUAUGGAGGAUGGAAUGGUUAUACAGUAUUGGAUGAUAUUAUUUUGAUGACUCCAAGUGAAUAAAUGAAUGUUGUUUGUAUAGAUUGGUAACAUCUUAAAUCAGAGAAUACUCCUCCAAAGAGACAGUUCCAUACAGCCAAUAUUUGUGGAGACUUUAUGUAUAUUUUUGGAGGAGGAGAUGGUAAAAUGUGGUUGAGUGAUCUCUACAAAUUUGAUCUAGUAAAAUGUUUUUGGACUUAAGUAGAAACCACAGGACAGAAACCUUAAGGCAGAUUAUAACAUAGUUCAGUAAUCUACGACCAUAAAAUUUAUGUUUUUGGUGGUGAACCUGAUAGAUCUCAUCAACUUAAUGACUUAUAUUAAUUAGACAUCGAAAACAAUGUCUGGACACGUUUGUAACCAAAGGGAAGUACGCCAUCUCCAAGAGUUAGUGCUUCAGCUGUUAUGAUGAAUAAUAAGAUCUAUUUGUUUGGAGGAUAUGAUGGAUAACAAUGGAGAAAUGAUGUCUUCAUGUACAAUAUCACUGAAAAUCAAUGGGAAUAUAUUGUAAUCAACGAAUAAGAAAUUCUCCCUCAUUUUAGAUGUUCAUCUAAAGAGAACACAUCUUAACAAUCAUCUCCCCCAAGACCCAGAUGUCGACAUUCUGCUAUUGCCUAUAAGAAUACUAUUGUGAUUUUCGGAGGCAAUGAUAGUGAGAAAUCAUAUAAUGAUGUCUAUAUGCUUAAAUAACAGUCCACUAUUAAACUAGCAGAAUCAACCCUAAAACAAGACUUCUCCAGCAUUUUGUUUUCUCCUGUAUUGAGUGAUAUCACAUUCUUUGUUGAGAAUUAAGAGAUUUAUGCGCAUAAGAUCAUUUUGGCAUCCCGUUGUGAAUAUUUCAAGACCCUAUUUUUAAAUGAACAAUUCAAUCUAGGCGAUAAGUUGGCUAUCACUGAUACAACUAUUAAUGUAUUCAAAGCAAUCCUGUAGUACAUUUAUACCGAUGAAGUGUUCAUCGACUCUUAUAUUGUUUAAGACUUGCUUGCAUUAGCAGAUAAGUAUAUGUUGCAGAGACUUAAGAAUUUAUGUGAAGAUCAUUUAAUUAAGAACAUUUCUUUAAAAAAUGUGAUUGAAGUUGUUAAUUUGGCUGAUAAAUUCUCUGCAUAAGAAUUGAAAGCCAAUGCUAUGAUCUUUUUACUUGAUAAUAAAUAGAAGAUAUUGAACACUUAAGAUAUCAAUAUGCUAUCUAAGGAGAUAUUAAUAGAAUUGUUAAAAUUUACUAAAUGA